AUGUCUUCCCCAACGACUGAGACCCAAGCAGUACGCCACCUGUUGGCGGGGAAGUACUUCCAAAUUGCGUCAUUUGUCAUGUUAAUCUACGACCAUGGAAUAACUUUUAGUCAAGAGGUCGAGAGGAUUUGGAGGCCUAGGUUCUCUGGCGCCACGCUCCUCUUUCUAAUCAACCGAUACCUUACAGCGGUCCAAUUCAUAAUAAUGAUAGAUGCCUUUCAUGACCCGGCAUGGCCCCCAUCCGUCUGCAAAAAUUUCGUGAAAUUCGAAGGGGCUUCAGCGGUUGCUCUGAUAUCAAUAUGCGAACUCACCAUGAUACUCCGGGUCUACGCUCUAUACGGAAGAUCGGCCCCCGUCUUGAUUUUCUUGUUAGCUCUCCUCGUAGCUCAAAUAACCAUUUCUGCCUAUGGCGUGCAUUUGGGGUUCCCGGUUCCAUCUAUCCCUGGUCUACCUGAUGGACACACAACUGGGUGCAUCUUAACUUCAAGUAGCAACUUCUCAUCAUCAUUAUGGAUUGCACCGCUUGUCACAGAUUCAUGCCUCUUCGCUUUGACAUUAUGGCGUGCGCGACGCUACCUUCGCAACGGAGGAUAUGCAGACCAGAAGUUACGAAUUGUCCAGAUCGUGCUGCGAGAUGGAACUCUGUAUUUCUUCGUCAUCUUCCUCGCCAACCUAAUGAACACUAUGAUUUAUUUCCUCUCGUCAGCUCUCGACCUGAAAGCCAUCGGCGCCUCCUUCAGUCAACUCCUAACCUCUGUCAUGGUCUCUCGGCUCGUCUUGAACCUACGCUCCGUGCCACUCCCGUCGGCGAGCAGCCGCUACCACACAACUACAUACACAACGACGAGGACCGAUCAAGGUAGAGGGUUUGAGCUUACCCGCCCGCUUAGCGCCUCAUUUUUGGAUUUGACACUUAAUCACCUUGGAGAGGAGGUGGAGGAUUUUGAGUACAUUGAUAUCGAGGGGGAGGGGAUUUCGGAUAGGAUGCCUGUUAAGAAUAGACAGGGAAGCUGGAGUCGGUCUGCACGGACCGCAUAUCAAGCUUCUGUUGCUUGA